AUGGACCAGGCCGCAGCGGCCGCUCCUGUACAGGCCAUCGUCGAAUCUCGUGCUGCUGUCCUGCCUGCCAAGUCGAAGAUGGCCGCCAUGGAAUCCGUCGAGAACUUUGUCUAUGGAUCCUUUGCCGGUAUGGUAGGAAAGUUUAUAGAAUACCCUUUCGAUACCGUCAAAGUGCGACUCCAAAGCCAACCCGACCACCUACCGCUACAAUACAAAGGCCCCAUCGACUGCUUUCGACAAUCCUUCCGCGCCGACGGCUUUGCGGGCCUAUACAGAGGAAUAAGUGCGCCGCUUGUAGGCGCAGCGGCCGAGAAUGGAUCGCUCUUCAUAUCUGAGAAUGUCGGCCGCGAGCUGUUAUACAUGAGUGGAAUUUCUUCACGAGAAAAGGGCCUGGGACUUGGUGCUCUAUUUGCCACCGGUGCCUUUGCCGGUGCCUGCACGUCACUGGUAUUGACUCCUAUUGAAUUGGUCAAGUGCCGUAUCCAAGCACCCGUUGCAGAUGCUAGCGGUGUUGUCCCCAAGCUUCGCCCGCUUCCUGUCAUCCGAGACAUCUUCCGCCUGGAAGGAUUCCGUGGAUUUUGGCACGGCGGAAUGGGUACACUUAUUCGCGAAUCUGGAGGAUCCUCAGCUUGGUUUGGUGUCAAGGAAACAGUCACCGCCAUGUUUCAGCACUUGAGAGCCAAGAAAGCCACAUCGUUGGAAGCAAAAGCGGCUCUUGCGGGCACCCCGUUGCCUUUGUGGCAGCAGGCCGUUGCCGGUGCCUCGGCAGGCAUUUCUUACAACUUUCUGUUCUUCCCUGCCGAUACAAUCAAGUCACGCAUGCAGACGCUUCCGCCUCCACCACCAGGUGUGAACCGCACCUUUCUCUCUGAAGGCAUGUCUAUUUGGAGACAACACGGCGUGCAAGGUCUCUACCGUGGCUGUGGCAUUACCUGCUUCCGUGCUGGUCCGGCAUCUGCUCUAAUCUUUAUCGUCUUUGACAGCCUAAAGAACAAUUUCCCCAUGCAUUGA